AUGCAAUUUACUACUCUUGCUCUUGCCACUCUCGCAGCUUCCGCUGUCGCGUACCCCCAAUGCCAGGGAACUGACUGUGCUCUUACCCAGCAAGCUGCUGCCCAAACUGCUGCUCAGACUGCUACCGCUCAAUCGGCUCCUGAACAGACAGUUUCUGAUGCCGAUCUCGAAUCUGUCCAAGCCCCAGCUCAGACCGAGCAAGCCGCUGCUCAGACUGCUACUGCUCAACCAGCUGCCGAACAGACAGUUUCUGAUGCCGAUCUCGAAUCUGUUCAAGCCCCAGCUCAGACCGAGCAAGCCGCUGCUGAAGCUUCCCCAGUUGAGGCUGCUCCAGUUGAGGCUGCCCCUGCCUGCACCGGAUCUUCUUGCCCAUCCAAGGCUGCCGAGCAAGCCCCUGCUGAGGCUGCCCCAGCUGAGGCUGCCCCUGCUUGCGCCGGAUCUUCUUGCCCAUCCAAGGCUGCCGAGGAAACUCCAGCUGAAGAGGAUCAGGAGUACAAGGAUCCCGAGGCACCAGCUAAACAGACCGAGGAAGGUGAUGAAGAAGAAGAUGAGGAAGAAGAGGAGGAAGGUGAUGAAGAAGAUCCCGAUGCACCAGCUGAAGGUGAUGAUCUUGAGGAAGAUCAGGAGUACAAGGAUCCCGCACCACCUGCAAAGAAGAGCACUUGCUCGUCUACCGGAAAAUCGUGCACGUCCACCACUGCCGAGGAAACCCCAGCUGAAGAGGAUCAGGAGUACAAGGAUCCCGCACCACCUGCAAAGAAGCAUACUCCUCAACCACCUGCACCAAAGAAGCAGACUCCAUCUGAGCCAACAUACAAGGAUCCCGCACCACCUGCACCAAAGCAGCAGACUCCUCAACCACCUGCACCACAACAGCAGACUCCUCAACCACCUGCACCAAAGCAGCAGACCCCACCUGCACCUAAGAAGGAGACCCCACCUGCACCCAAGAAGCAGACUCCACCUGCACCCAAGAAACCCUCCCCCAGUAAGCCCCAGUAUUCAGAGGAAGAUGAGGUUAUCGCAUCCGGUGCUUCUGCUACCAUGCUUUCCGGUGCUGCCAUUGUUGCUGCCAUUGCUGCUCUUCUUUAA